AUCUUGAUUGAGUCCGUGUUCUCGACCGUGGGCGACGGUGGCGACCUCGACGUGGCCACGGUGCCCCACACAGACAUUGAACCGCUCCUUCUGGUGUAUUCCUCCGUCAGGCACCGCCGUCAGUCCAAGGAGGAGCUCGACCAGAUGAUCUCCCACGAGUACGACAAUCCGGUGACGAAGAGGCAGCGCCGUGCCCUCCCUCCCGGAGCCAGUUCGAGAGCCGGAAGGUCAAAGAGACAGACUGGCACCGAUCCUCAACUUCGAAGAGUGAGGAGAAACAUAGCCGAGGAACAGGAGGAGGAGAGUAAUCAGAUCUGGGAAGGAGAGCAGGAUUACACGGGUCUCCCCUCACACGCGCACAACUCCCUUGCAGAAGGCCGACGGAAGGGCAAGAGGAGGAGGGCGAAGAACGCGUGCAAGAGGAAGCCCCUCAAGGUAGAUUUCGAGGACAUAGGAUGGCAUAAGUGGAUCAUUGCUCCUUCGGCUUAUGAGGCCUUUCAAUGCAGCGGCAAGUGCUUCUACCCGCUGCCGUCCCACCUCAGCCCCACGAAGCACGCUGUGGUUCAGAACCUGGUUCAUUCUCUCCACCCAGACCGAGCGUCCAGAGCCUGCUGUGUCCCUACUCUGCUGGGACCCAUCUCUCUGCUUUACCUGGAAAAUGAUAUUCCUACUUUCAAGUACGAUUAUGAUGAUAUGGUCGUCCUUGAGUGCGGUUGCAGAUAGUCGAUGGCUUGUGCGCGGUGACCUUCCCCUUUCGAGGAAAUGAGGGUUUUGUUUGGUGUAGUGUGCGAGAUUUUUUCCUCCUUUUUUGGAAAAUAAAGCAGAUGGAGUAUUUGAGACGAUGGUGCAUGGUUGUGUAUAAAAGCAGACGUUGAUACUGGUAUCAGCGUAGUUGAGUCAGUACUGGCAUGCCUCGUCAGGUGUCACAUAUUAUAUAAUUCUUGUAGGAUUAUGUAGGCAAGACCUAAAACCACUGUGUCUUCCGCUGUCUCUCUCGCCAUGUUAAAGGGACAGUUGUGGCUUACAGUGUACCAUGUCCUUUUUUUAAUUACGGAAAUAUACUAACAAAAUAGGGAGAGGCUUGUUUUUUUCUUGUAAGUCACUACUUACUGCGGAAAUGUUACAAUUUGGAAUGUCACAGGGAUGUAUUAUGUUUUUUAUAUAUAUAUACUUAGCCAUAUGUACUGUAAAUAAUUUAACUUGUGAAUAUCUUUAGAUGGAUUGAUAAUGAGAAAUAUAAUAGUUGUAGGAUCAGAGGACUUAAAAAAACACUAUUUUUUCCCCUCUUUCUAAGAUGUACAGUUUACCUUUACUCUAUAGCAUGCCAUAUAUUUUAAUACAUUGUAAAUUAUAUACCACCUAUGAUAAAAUAUACACAUUAAGGUACAAUAAAGGUUGGAAUAGGCUAACAUCAUCCUCAGCAUUAUCAGUUAGAUUAUAGAUUUAUCAUACUGAAAUUUUUUUAUACUCUCAUCCUCAAAAAUGCCAUCAUUCCAAAGAUACGUUACCAUCAGUUAUAUG